AUGCCGGUCAAAGGCAUCAAACCCUUGGAGCCCCAAGUGUCGCCAGAAUCACCGCUGCCCCCGCCUGAAGCCAAUUCUGAAGCCUUGGAAUUUCUCGCUUCGCUCAGUCAAGAAGAAAUCCAACUGCUCUUUUUCUCUGAGACCCUGUACAUGGUGUCUGAGAGUGGCCAGCCUCUGGGGGAGUAUACCGUGGACAUAAAACCAGCAUAUUUCCUUACCUCUGAAGGGGAAUUCACACUCAGUGCCCUGGUACAUGCUACCAGCAGGGGCCAGCUGGAUGAAAUACCCUGUGGGACCACCAUCUCUGGCUAUAUCUCCUGGUCGUUGGAAACAUAUGAACAGCACCAUCAUGAAUUUAUUAAGUUCCUACCAAUGGCAUUUGACAGGAAGAUCACCUUAAUGAGGCACACAGGAAGCAUGGUUAUGACUAGGAGCGUCAAGGAAGGUGAUGCGGUAAAGUCUGAAAAGUUGACGUUUGGCCUGAAUCUCAUGAAUGGGUUCAUCUCAGAGUCUGCCAACCUGAUCCUGCUAAGGGUGAUGGGGUGGCGACGGAAGGUUCCCCACAAUGCCAGAUUCCUGACCUUUGAUGCAGAAGGAAAGCUCUGCCAUUCCACCUAUGAAUCCCUGGGCUUCCAAACCAUUCAGUUAGGCUCAGAGAAGGCUGAAGCAAUGGUAGUAGAGCAGACGAUGCAUUCUGACGAAGACAUCCCCAUGACGUGGCAGUACUACCUGUUAUCUGAUGGGCACCUAGCAAAAAGAAUCCAGGUGGGAUCCCCAUUCUCUUGCAUCAUCACCAAGAAGCCCAUAAUGAGAGAGGAGGAUGAGAUUGAGCCUAAACCAGUGUUUGGAAAGAAAUCCUUGAAUUGGGAAGAAGAUCCUCAGCUCUUUGCCAUUUUCAGGGAUCGGAAGGAAGAGCUCCAAGCAAGCCAUACCACUUAUAUGCGGCGUCACCCAGAGGCUCAGAACCUGAUCUCCGACUUCUUACUCUUCCUGUUGCUUCGUCAGCCUACUAACGUGGUAACCUUUGCUGCUGAGUAUUUUGGCCCCUUUGCCAGGAACCGGCCACCUCAGCCCCCCUUCAGGUCCUCGACCCGCCCCAGCCCCUUCCGAAACCUUUCCCGUUUGAGUCCCUGGUGUGCUUUGCCAGAAGAUAAGCCAGGCCCAUCAUCACAAUAGAAUCCUAAAGACUUUCCUCCUUAUAGCUAGAGAAAAGCAUGAGUCCUUAGCCACAAGGGAGGUGGGAAGAAAUCUCCAGGCAAAAUAUCCUGGACUUAAAGGACUGAUGGAGCCCAGGAGGCUGGGAGCACAAGAAUAGGAAGAUAAGGGUCAGGGCAAGAGGGAAGGCAGAGCUUAUCCUCUAUCAUCAGGCCUUACUAGGAGUCCCAAAAUAAGAAUAAAAAGGGGACCCUGUUGGCUUCUCCCUAACUUCUAACGCUCUGUGUCCAGUGUCUUGUGU